UCACCCAAUUUCAAAAUCAGUUUUUUUUCCUUUCCCUCCUCAAUUACUAGAAUAUUAAUUACUGUUCAAAGUCUGGAGGUCUUCCACUGUCAAUUCCGUUUUUUCAGCGUUUAUUUGGGAUCGUUCUUACUUUUCGACUGUAACGGAUUUAUUGGAUCAUCUCCCACGCCCUUUUCAAUUAUUUUUUGGGGAAUUUCAUUUCGUUUUAUUUGUCUCGCCUGUGAUUUGAGGCAAAAGGGUUGUGUUCACGAGUGAACGGUGUUGAUUUGUAUUUGCUGAUGCAAUUGGUGGUUAGGUUGGUUUAAGAAGCUAAGAACUGUUGCUACUACUUCACAAUGGGCGCUGCUUGUUGUGUUGCUGCCAGAGACAAAACCAUACAAAGUGGAUCAACCAGUGACAAUUUGCAUCGGAAUGUUCGAUGUUCUCCAACAUGGAGCUUUCGUUGGGAUCAUCGAGGGCGUGUAGCUGGUGAAGAUACUUCUAUAAAUUGGUUUUCUGACGGUAUUAGCAGGAAUGAUGGAUCAGAGAAUAAAAAUGAAUCAACAUAUAUGUCAGAGGACGGAAGUCCACUGCAGAAUGAUCAACGGAAAAGAUGCCAAAAACCAUCAAUUUCGCAAGUAACUGCUGCACAUAGGAGAAAUUCAACUUCAGACCAAUCUUUUUCAAGGACUGUUUCUACAGAUGUGAGCGUCGAACAGGUGAAUAGGUUGGCAGAAUCAUCAAUAGUAUCUUGCCCAUCUCCCACAAAACCAUCACUGCCUUCAACUUCAUUAUCAGCAUCUCCUUUAUCAUCUCCAUGUCACAUACCUCCAUCGAGCUCGGCACCUUUAAGGUGGCCCUGCCAUUCCCCAGGACACCACCUAUCACGGCAAGCUUCCGAUAGCCGUAUCCCAGCAGUUAAGUCACCCAGCAGCUUCUCUUUGUCUGAAGAAAGGGCUGUGUUUUCUUCAUGGAGCAAUGAAGUGGGUAUGCACUCCCAUGGUGGAUCUUCAGAUGGUUGGUCUAUUCCUGGCUUUUCUGAGCUGAUGGGAACUCCCCACAGAGAAAGAUGGUCAUUUGAUAGUGAGUCAUUUGGUUUUAAUCGAGAAAGAUUAGCUAGACCCAGUAGUUGGUUUUCAGCUUCACAAGUUGAUUUGCAAUCAUGUGGUAUUUGCUCAAAGCUUUUAGCAGAGAAGUCUUCUUGGAGCACUCAAAAGAUAAUUGCAAGUAAUGACCUUUCUGUAGUUGCUGUCCUCAUCUGUGGACAUGUCUAUCAUGCUGAAUGUUUGGAGAUUAUGACACCUGAUAUCAAUAAGUAUGAUCCAGCUUGCCCAGUUUGCACUUUUGGUGAGAAACAAACUAUGAAGUUGUCUGAAAAAGCUCUGAAAGCUGAAAUGGAUUUGAAGGCUAGAACCAAUAAAUCAAAGAAUCGGGUUGUGGACAGUGAUAUUGAUGAUGAUUCUGUUGUGUUUCAUCACUUUAAAGGGAGAGGGCUUAAAGGUAAAAGUCCUAGGAUAGACUCCAGUUCCAAUGGGAGAAGCUCCUAUGGGAAACCUUUUCUGAGGCGACACUUUUCCUUUGGAUCAAAGGGUUCCAGAUCUACAUUAGAUAAUCACCCUACAAGAAAGAAGGGUUUCUUUUGGGCAAAAUCUAGCAAGGAAUAAGCUGCUUCUUGGUUGUUGGGAGGUUCCACUGUUGAACUUUUGUGCAUCCUCAAUUGGUUUGUGAAAAGGACAAAAUGCAAUUUAUGAUUUCAGAGCAUCUGUAUAAACUAAUCUGCAAUUUCAACUGGAUAAGAGGUUUGAAGUUACUCUGUAAAGAAGACAUACAGAAGUAUAAGUUGAACAUACAGACGUAAAAUAUUAUGUUUAGACCCCAAUGUUCUUUCUGCAUUGUACAGGUUGAUUUGUUUAUUUCAUGGAUAUAAUUCUUAUAUCCAAAUGAUGUUCAGUUGUCCAUGGUUCUUAUGUAAUGCAAACCAUUAGCCCUUCGGAGUUUCUGGAGUUGGGAAAUGGUCUUCAAAGAUUGAUAGGCAAAUACCAAUUAUUUCGAUCCACUUAGUUGGUUGCUUUUAAUGAAGGAGCAGAUUCAGGAUAGCCUAUUAUCAAACCAGUGUUUUUGCAGUUAGCAGAUUGAAUUGAAUACUUUAUUCUGAUGUGUUGCCUUUAAUGAAAGAACGGUUUCAGCAUAGCAUCCGGUCAAAUUAAUAUUUUUUUGUCGGUAGUAAAUUUAUAUGCAUAUUCAUUCGUGGGUUGUUUGCUUUCAUUAAAAAGAAAUGAAAGGAGUUAUGUUGCUUCUUUAUUGCAUGUUGAAUCAUGUAAUAGAGUUCUUUGGCCGUUUC